AUGGCGACCAACAGCAUGGCCAACCCGGCCGUCAACCCGGACGUCGAGGACGAGCUCUUUGCGCAAGAAGUACAGCAGGUCAAGGACUGGUGGUCGCAACCUCGCUGGCGCCACACCAAGCGGCCCUUUACCGCCGAGCAGAUUGUGUCCAAGCGAGGCCACCUCAAGAUUGAGUAUCCGAGCAACGCCCAGGCCAAGAAGCUGUGGGACAUUCUCGAGAAGAGGUUCGCGACCAAGGAUGCCAGCUACACAUAUGGCUGUCUCGAGCCCACCAUGGUCACCCAGAUGGCCAAGUACCUCGACACCAUCUACGUCUCCGGCUGGCAGUCGUCGUCGACCGCCUCGGCCUCGGACGAGCCUGGCCCUGACCUGGCCGACUACCCUUACACCACCGUCCCCAACAAGGUCGGCCACCUCUUCAUGGCCCAGCUCUUCCACGACCGCAAGCAGCGCCAGGAGCGCAUCACCACACCCAAGGCCCAGCGCGCCGCCCUCGCCAACGUCGACUACCUCCGCCCCAUCAUCGCCGACGCCGACACGGGCCACGGCGGUCUCACCGCCGUCAUGAAGCUCACAAAGCUCUUUGUCGAAAAGGGCGCCGCCGGCAUCCACAUUGAGGACCAGGCCCCCGGCACAAAGAAGUGCGGCCACAUGGCCGGCAAGGUCCUCGUCCCCAUCAGCGAGCACAUCAACCGCCUCGUCGCCAUCCGCGCCCAGGCCGACAUUAUGGGCUCCGACCUCCUCGCCAUUGCCCGCACCGACGCCGAGGCCGCCACCCUCAUCACCACCACCAUUGACGCCCGCGACCACGCCUUCAUCCUCGGCUGCACCAACCCCCAGCUCGGGCCUCUGAACGACCUCAUGGCCCGCGCCGAGCAGGAGGGCAAGCUCGGCCCGGAACUCCAGCGCAUCGAGGACGACUGGCUCGCCGCCGCCGGCCUCAUGCGCUUCGACGAGGCCGUCCUCGCCCACAUUGACGCCGCCCCGGCCCUCGCCAACAACAAGGACGCCCUCAAGGCCAAGUACACGGCCCAGGCCAAGGGCAAGUCCAACAGGGAGGCCCGCCAGCUCGCCCGCCAGCUCCUCGGCGAGGACGUCUACUUUGACUGGGACGCCCCCCGCACCCGCGAGGGCUACUACCGCCUCAAGGGCGGCUGCGACUGCGCCGUCAACCGCGCCGUCGCCUACGCCCCCUACUGCGACGCCAUCUGGAUGGAGAGCAAGCUGCCCGACUUUGCACAGGCCCGCGAGUUUGCCGACGGCGUCCACGCCGUGUGGCCAGAGAAGAAACUCGCCUACAACCUGAGCCCCUCCUUCAACUGGAAGACGGCCAUGCCGCGCCACGACCAGGAGACGUACAUCCACCGCCUCGCCAGCCUCGGCUACUGCUGGCAAUUCAUCACCCUGGCGGGUCUGCACACGACCGCCCUCGCCAGCGACUCGUUUGCCCGCGCCUACGCCGCCCAGGGCAUGCGCGCCUACGGCGAGCGCGUUCAGGAGCCCGAGAUGGAGCUCGGCGUCGACGUCGUCAAGCACCAAAAGUGGAGCGGCGCGACCUAUGUCGACGAGCUGCAGAAGAUGGUCACCGGCGGCAUCAGCAGCACCGCCGCCAUGGGCGCUGGCGUCACCGAGGAUCAGUUCAAGUGA